CGCAGUUCGGGCUGGGGAGGUGCUGCCGGUGCGCGGCGGCGGCGCCCAGAUGUCCAGAAUACCAGUUUACAAGAGGAACAGCAAAGAGGUCUAACUACAAAAACUGAUGGACUAUUACAUCAUUCAAAAAUGAGCCAAUUCAUGCUUUUCUUCUGGAAACUAAAAUGGCUUGAAGAGAGAAGUCGUCAGUGCUGGACUGUCUUAAACAUUACUCGUGGUGCAACUUCAGAGAGCAGCUUGAUUUAUCUCCCUUGAAGAGGACGCAUAUGUGCAGUAAGCCAAGAGGACAUGGGCUUUCAGUGCAUCUGGAAAAAUGAUCAGGUACUGGGUCUACAUGUUGUAUCUGAAUUGUGUUGUGCUAAUUCUCUAACUACCAAAUCAGACUGUCGUCUUGAUGCACCCUCACAGCAUCAUGGCCAGUACUCAGGAGCGCCUGAGCUUGUCUUCCUCUCCAAACUCAAUCGGCAAAGCUUUCUGUGAAGAUAAAGACUGUAGUAGGAUACACGAUGAACACGCACCGUCGGGAAACCACCCGUCGCCUGAACUCAUAGAGGAUGUGCGCGAGAAGGGCUUGCUGCAGGCAGACCUCAUAGAAAACAUGAACAGCCCAGUGACUGCAGCAGUGCUGACCAGCAUCAGUGAGGACUCUAGGGACCAAUUUGAGAACAGCGUGCUGCAGCUGAGAGAGCAGGAUGAACCCGAAACACCCAUUCCUCAGGGCAACAGGAACACUAUGGAUGGAGAAAACAACACUGGAGCAGACGAUGUUAAAGUCCAGUUCAGCAGAUCAGGCAGUGGGAGUGGUGGAUUUCUUGAGGGACUUUUUGGCUGUCUGAGGCCGGUGUGGAACAUCAUAGGCAAGGCAUACUCCACGGACUACAAAUUGCAACAGCAAGAUACCUGGGAGGUGCCGUUUGAAGAGAUCUCGGAGCUGCAGUGGCUGGGCAGCGGUGCCCAGGGAGCUGUUUUCCUGGGCAAAUUUCGAGCAGAGGAGGUGGCGAUCAAGAAAGUGAGAGAUCAGAACGAAACGGAUAUCAAGCACUUGCGGAAACUCAAACAUCCAAACAUCAUUGCCUUCAAGGGAGUUUGCACUCAAGCCCCGUGCUACUGUAUUAUCAUGGAGUACUGUGCACACGGACAGCUCUACGAAGUUUUGCGAGCAGGGCGGAAGGUCACACCUCGGCUGCUGGUGGAUUGGUCCACGGGGAUUGCUAGCGGAAUGAAUUAUCUGCACCUUCACAAAAUCAUCCAUCGAGACCUCAAGUCACCAAAUGUUUUAGUUACACACACAGAUGCAGUAAAAAUCUCAGAUUUUGGUACAUCUAAAGAACUUAGUGAUAAAAGUACAAAAAUGUCUUUUGCGGGUACUGUGGCUUGGAUGGCCCCGGAGGUGAUACGCAAUGAGCCUGUCUCUGAAAAAGUGGAUAUCUGGUCAUUCGGGGUAGUUUUGUGGGAACUGCUUACGGGAGAGAUUCCCUACAAGGAUGUGGACUCCUCUGCCAUCAUCUGGGGCGUGGGCAGCAACAGCCUGCACCUUCCUGUCCCAUCCACCUGUCCGGAUGGCUUCAAAAUCCUCAUGAGGCAAACCUGGCAGAGCAAGCCCCGGAAUCGCCCCUCGUUCCGACAAACACUGAUGCACCUGGAUAUUGCCUCUGCUGAUGUGCUGGCUACUCCUCAGGAAACCUAUUUCAAAUCACAGGCUGAAUGGCGAGAAGAAGUGAAGAAACAUUUUGAGAAAAUUAAAAGUGAAGGGACUUGUAUCCACCGGCUAGAUGAAGAAUUGAUUCGUCGUCGAAGAGAAGAGCUCAGGCAUGCGUUGGAUAUCCGUGAACACUACGAGAGGAAGCUGGAGCGAGCCAACAACUUAUACAUGGAGCUCAGUGCUAUUAUGCUGCAGCUGGAGGUCCGUGAGAAGGAGCUCAUAAAGAGGGAACAAGCAGUGGAGAAGAAGUAUCCUGGGACUUACAAACGCCAUCCAGUCAGACCAAUAAUCCACCCCAACACAGUUGAGAAGCUGAUGAAGAGGAAGGGGGUCUCCCAUAAACCAGGCAGCCAGACUAAACGGCCAGAUCUGCUGAAGUCAGAGGGCAUACCCAGCACAGAAGCAGCAUCCAAUGGUUCGCCACUCUCAGGAAGUCCCAAAAUGUCAACACCGAGCGGCAAAAGUCGCUACCGCAGUAAGCCACGUCACCGCCGAGGGAACAGCAAAGGCAGCUACAAUGAUUUUGCAGGGAUCUUGAAAAACCAGCCAAUGCAUGAUGAUGCACCCCCACCACCUCCUCAUAAUCAUUCUCAUCACCCCGGUCUACAGCAGCAACAUGGCCAAGGCCAUCCCCAGGGCCAUCACUCACGGCUUCAUGCCCAUGGACAAGAUAUUGCCAACUGCGCAAACAACUUAAGGUACUUUGGCCCCGCAGCAGCGCUGCGGAGCCCUCUCAGUAACCAUGCGCAAAGGCGGAUGUCUGGUUCCAGUCCUGAUCUCAUCUCUGCUGCAAUGGAAGCAGAUUGCCGGAGGAAUCUGGAGAGCAGUGAAAACAAAGCUGAUCAUUGGGAGUGUUGCAAAACAGAUCCUUAUAAUUCCUGUCUUCAGUGCAGGCAAGAGAAUAGUGGUCAGGUACCGAUGUCAUCUCUUGAAACGGGGAUCGACCAUUCUCAGUCACCAACUUGUGUUUCCCUCUAUGAAAAUGCACAGUUCAUUGAGAAGAUGGAGGAAGAGGGCUUCAGCAGCAGUAAGUCGGCAUCAGCCCUAGGCACUCCCCAGCACAUGGCUUCUUCAGUGCUACCUUGCAAAACAAGACCCGUUCAGAAGAGCGGUGAUGACUCCUCAGAAGAGGAAGAGGGAGAAGUAGACAGUGAAGUGGAGUUUCCUCGUCGACAAAGACCUCACCGCUGCAUUAGUAGCUGCCAGUCCUACUCAACCUUCAGCUCGGAGAACUUUUCUGUGUCGGAUGGAGAGGAGGGGAACACAAGCGACCAUUCAAACAGUCCGGAUGAGCUGGCUGCCAAGCUAGAAGACGAGCUGGCAGAGAAGCUGGAGGACAUGUUAUCUCAGACUCCAGAGAUCCCCAUUGAAAUCUCCACCCAGUCUGAUGGGCUUUCAGACAAAGAGUGCGCUGUGCGGAGAGUCAAGACCCAGAUGUCUCUGGGCAAACUUUGUGCAGAGGAGCACAGCAGUGAGAACCCAGCGCAGUUUGGAGAAUCAGACUGUGACUCUUCCGAGGGGGAGUGUUCUGAUGCCACGGUCAGGACCAAUAAGCCCUGCAGCUCUGCUACUUGGUAAUACAGAUCUCCCCAAAGCUUCCUGAUACUGGCAUUUUGAUUUCCCUGAGAUUCCACUUCAUUCCCCUUCACUACACUUUACAGGAAGAGAAGAUGCUUCUCCUUCCCACCCCAGGAGUGAUUUGCAAUAACCCGAAUCUCUGGAAAAUGUCCAAAUGAAAUUAAUUCUCUUUGAGCAUUUCAAUCAAGAAUGGCAGGGAUGUAUUUUAUUGAAUAAUCUAGUUACUGUAACAUGGAUAUUUAUUUUUUUGACAUUUUAACACUUUUUACUGUAAAGAGUGGAUUGUAUUUAUAGACACACAGACUUGUUGCAAAAAAAAACAAAACAAAAACAAAAAAAAGUUCAGAAAGCAAGCACAUUACAGAGAAACAUCCUGGGAGUCCUACCUGGACAGCAUUGUGUACAAAUGCGGGGGAUUCUCUUGCUGCUUUCACAGGGGACCAGGCCUCUUGGCCCUGAAGAUUGGCAAACAGAUCAAGAAAACAAAACCACUCAGUCUUAUCAAAUGAGGAAGCAUAUAAAGACCUUACUACAAGGUAACCUGUGAACAAAGCAUCUUCAAUAUAACCAGCUGGGUCAUUUUUAAUCAGAAGGUGGACACGUUCCUGGAGAAAAUUGGUACUGAGGUGCUAACAUCCAGGGUCUUCUGAGUCAACACAUCCCCAGGAAUGUAAUAGUGGGUUUUGUUUUAAGGGUUUUUAGUUUUUUGUUUUUUUUUUUUUUUUUUUUUAAAUCAGCAUUUUGUUGUGAGAUCCUGCAAAUGUAUUCUAACCUCGUCCUCUUGAGAAUUGGUAUAAGAGCACUUCGUAACAUCGCCCUUGCUUCACUCUGGCAGCGUUGAUCUCCAGUCGAGCAGGGAAACCUCCUUCAGAUGCAGUGUGCCAUUUCCCAGUUUACUUCCUCCUCUUACCUCCUGCCUGUUUCAGUCAGUUAAAGAAAUCAAUCAAAUCAGUGUUGGCAAAGUGAGAACUUGCAAACCGUGGAGAGCACAUCCUGUAGAGCCCGAGCACGCUUCUGGGAGGGAACUGGAGGUGCCUGUACUGGACGUGGAGAAGCAGUCUCUCACCUGCAACAGCAUCGAUAACCAGCAGAGAGCUGUGUGUGGAGGGGGAAGACUGGGAAUCGCUGGCCUAGACACGAGCAUCAGCCCUGCUCAGUCCCCUUGUUCACUGUACGUUCUUGAAAGCAUUAACAGCUGCCUGCCCUUCAUGUCAGGCUUUGUGCAAACCAGACAAGUUGCACAGGGAGUCUUGAUUGUGGCUGUGGCACAGCUGUGCGUCUCAGGUGUACCCUGAGGUCUCUGUUUCUCAUCUAAGCUGGUGAAAGUGAGGAUAGCCCUGGUAUGUGGCAUUGGCAGAUGAGAAAAAUUUGUUUUCUGGUAGAACUCAUAGUGCCUUCCCUUCAAACACUACUCUUCUAAAUCAAUGUUUAAAGAGAACAAAACCUAGAGCACGUCUCCCCCACCUUAGUUGAUGUCCCCCUGCGAGAGCUUUCACUCUGCCCUUCCUAGCGUGCUGGCUGAGCCGGCCGGGCCAGGCGCGUGCGGGCCGGUCGGCCGGGUGCUGCUCUGCACGCCGGCACACCAGCCUGAGAUGAACGGCAGGAACGGACCAUGGACAGGUACUUCUGUUGCUUUGUUUGUUUACAUUUUUAUGUUAAAAUAUUGGUUUGAAUUUAACUGUGGUAAUUUAUAGCCUCAUGGCAAAAUGAAGGAAAAUGUCUUACUUAUACAGAGAGCAGUAUUGUAUGAGUUAAAUUAUCCCAUAUUUUUAAAUUUUUGUAGCUGGACUACACACAAAUCUUAAGUUAUGAUGUUAUUUUAUUAUUUAUUAUCAUUUCUGUAGAUCAGAAGGUUGGCUUCACUGCUAGCACAAUUGUAACCCGUUUGUGUGAUGUUACCUUCUCCCUGAUCCCUUGGGAGGGGGGACACGGGAGCGGAGCUGGGCUCAGAGGCUGUCAGUAGUCGCUGCCUCUCGCGCUUUCCAAGGAUGCCGAGAACGUGUCGAGCCUGGCACGGGAGGGAUGGGUGCAGGCAGCCCCGGGGGCCUGUGAUACUCCUCGAGGUCGAUGCUGCAGUUCGCUCGUGCGCUGCUGGUGGAGUUGACAGCCCCCGUGUUGGCGGGGAAAUAGUGAUCAGGGAGCGGUGGUUUUGUAUUGAUUGCAAAGCAAAUAACCUUCUACAAAGACCCCCUGGCAAAAAAAGGACGCGUAGAGUGGAGGGCAGUGGGCACGGCGUCGAGGUGGCCGGCAGCGGGUCCACACUGUGCAUCACCAGCGCAGGGCCAACGAGGCUGCUGAUGAGGAGGAGCUACUGCUCCCCCCUACCUGCAGCAGCAGCACUCAGACCCGGGCUGGAGGAAGAACGUGGAGGGGAGCAAGGCUCGUCUGACUUGGUUUCAUGUUUCCUUUAUCUCCCCAUCCCUCAUUCUUCCCCCAAACGCUCUCAUUCUUGGCCAGUGGCACAAGGAGGUGGCAGGGCUGGACAAAGCUUUGCUGUCCUGGUGUGGCAGGGGUUUUGGGGUGGAAAGAGGUGGUAGGAAGCUGGAGGCCGGGGUGCAGGAACUUGAGACAGCCCAAACAGUGGAGAAUCAUGUCUAUGUGUAACCCCAUGCACACAAAGAGGAAGACCAAAGUACUGCAGAAGGAGAGAGGGGGUGAUGUGUGCAAGUGUUGAGAACUACCAUCACGGCUUACACCUGAUCUCCAGCACAGCAGAGGGGGCCAGGCCUUGCACCCCGGAGAGACCCUGCUGCUCGGAUUUGGCAGGUUUCCUGAGCUCCAAGAGGCCGUGCUGUGAGCUGGCCGCGGGCAGCGCUGCAUCAGCCAGUCGUGCCCGCUGCCCGUGCGAAGCGCUCGCUUGCGAAGGCGAUCAUACAGCAAUAGCCCAAAGCUCUCAGAGGCCUCUCGGAGUCUCAGUGACUUCAGUCUGCGAUGAUUCGGUCCCUAACAAAAAGGUCCUGGAGAGGUUUGGAAGCUGCAGCCUCAGCUCAGCAGAGCCCCACAAGGUGAUGGAGCUCCUUGGGGAGCCCCUGGCCUUCACCGGCGCUUGCUGAGAUGGGGAGAGGCCUUUAUGUACAGGAGUUUGGGACCCUUCUGGCCAGCUUUCCUUGAUAUGUGCUCAGAUUUCUUCCUGCCUGUGCCACAGGAGACAUUGACAGCUUGGAAAAACAGAGCAGAAGCUCUUCUGGUUGUCUGUUGCCAUGCUCCAGCCACACUUUGGUCUAGUUGCUUUCCAUGCGCAGGUCAUUGCGCUGUAACCUUCCAGCAUUGCUCCUCCUAACUGCUGCCUGCUAUGCAGCAUCCCUUUGGGACUGCCACCUCCUUGCGUAAAUGAACAGCCCGUACGCCCGUGGAGAUACCAUCCUGGCCUCCCCUGCGCGCACACCCCGUUCGCCUCGGCUGUGCGCGGGCAGGGGCGGCUUGGCGGCCCUCCCGCGCAGCCCAAAUCGCACGUAGACCUGAUCUCCACGUUGCCGUACGGGCGCCUGCGCUGCGGUUCCUUGCACUUUCCUCCCUCGCGGGAUACGGGGGCUGAGGCACCCAAACUGGCCUGCUUCCUCCUCACCGAAACACCUCACUUGCAGGACAGAGGUAAAUUGUGGGUUCCCCUUUCAGCAUCCUGGCUACCCUGAUCCAGAGCUCAUGGCUGCUGACAGCUCCUGAACACUAGCCUAGAUUUUCUCCCAGAGCUGAAUGUUGCCUUCCCCACUGUCGUGUUAAGUAACCAUUUCAUCUUGGCCCUGUCCAGUAGUGUUCAUCUCUCUCUCCCCUGCUCUGCGGAUUCCUGAUACAAACUUGAUUUUUUUGUAUUGAACAGUGUACAGUGAUGGAAACAAGAAUGACUAUCAAAGCAAACAAUGCAUGGAAUAAAAAGCCAGUGUACUUCAA